ACCAACUCACUGGUCAUGAUCAGCAGCAGAACGAGUGCGAGAGAGACGAGACACGCAGAGAACAGACACACGGAUUGACCAUAUUUAAUAUAAUCUUUUUCAAUAUUGUUGUUAUUGCUUCAUUUUUCACCAGCACAAUGUUUCCAGUGUUUCCAACAGUGCUGGUUCUGGUGUGUGCAUGUGCUGCGUCAGCUGGGAUUAACGGUACGAACAACGGCACCGUGCAAGGGCGGACGUUUCUUGCCUCUGUUGGCACAUAUGAACCAAUAGACGCGGACUAUCUCAAUUCGUUGGAUGAGGUCACCCGAUCUUAUAUAUCGAAAAGUGGGCUAGUGCGUAAUGUAACCAGCAUCAAGAGGGUGGAAAUCUCAGAAGAAGCGCUGUUGUUUCUCACAGGCUCUGUGUCCACCAUCCUCAUCCCUUCCUUCUACACACUGGUCUGCCUCCUCAGCUUGCCGAUCAACAUUUGUGCAGUGGUGGCCUUCACUCUGAGGAUCAAACCCAAGAAGCCGGCGGCCAUCUACAUGUUGAAUCUGGCCUGUGCCGAUCUGCUCUUUGCUGUGCUGCUCCCCUUCAAGAUCUUCUACCACUUUGGAGGCAACAACUGGAUAUUCGGCUCGCUCAUGUGCCGUGUGGUAACUGCAGCCUUCUACUGGAACAUGUACUGUUCUGUUCUGCUCAUAACUUGCAUCAGUUUGGACCGCCUUCUUGCUGUAGUCUAUCCUAUUGACUCCCUGUCUUGGAGGAGGCCAAAGAACGCAAUCAUGGCCUGCGUCGCCAUGUGGAUAUUAUCCUUCGCUGGCACUGUGCCCCUUGUCCUCCACGACCAGACUUUUCACCUCAGUCAGCUGAACAUCACCACCUGCCACGACGUCCAGUCUGUCCACAAGGUAAUCUGGUACUACAAGUUCUACUUCAUCGCCCUCUGCUGCGCCUUCUUCUUCCUGCCUCUGCUCGUCACAGUGGUGUCCUACACUCGUGUGAUCUGGGCACUGAGCAGAGUCCCACGCGGCGUUCUAGGACGUUCACGCAGGACAACAAGAGCAGUGGUGAUGGCUGGAACAGUGCUGGUGAUAUUUGUGCUGUGUUUCACGCCCACAAACUGUCUACUGAUGGCCCACUAUCUGCAAUUUAACGGAGGAGGUGCUGAGGCGAUCCAAGAGAGCACUGAUGGCUCUUACGUAGCCUAUCUCGUGUUUAUGUGUUUGGGAAGUCUGAACUGCCUCCUGGAUCCCCUGGUCUACUACUUUGGCUCAUCCCAGUGCCAGAAACAACUGUCCAGCACACUGAGGUGUGAGAAGAUUUUGGAUGGCAGCAGCAUUCAGUUCUCAUCAUCUGAUUCCCGCCGAUCCAGCUCCAGAAAAAUUCUGAAAUCCAGCCGCACAGAAAGUACCAAAAUACACAAUCCAGUCACCAAGACAGACUCGUUCCAGGCCAACCUCAACAGCCAGUAUAAUAAACUGCUGGUUUGAGAGACUGGUUUGAGAGAUCUGAGAAGAUGUGACUUAACUAACUCUUACCUGUAGUCGACCAUAGUCUUUAUUAUGAAGGUCAAUUAAAAGCAAAGAGGGCACAAAGCCAAUCUGUAGUGUUUAGUCUGCUGUAUUUCUUUUUCUGUCAUGAUGACAGGAUAGUAGAGAUUAAGAUGAGACUGUUUUUGAAGCACUUCAUGUGAACAUUUCAUACUAUGAAAUGUUUUUCUUUUUUGCACAGCAAGUGUUUAUAGGUGUUUUCAGACAUGGACUCUGUAGAAUUGGGUACAGACUCUCUUUAGAGUUUGUCUUUCAAACAUGAACCAGCCAUAUUCUCCACUCAGAAAUGAAGACUGAAAUCUGUGGAGCAUUCAAGUGGGGGCUGGUGCAGCAGUCCGGACUGUCAGGGUAAUAUCGCUGAGGAGAUCACAUGUUUUUAUGUACAUCACAUGGACACAGGCGUCUCCCCUCAUCACCAAAGGCUCUCUCAACGUCUUUGCAGUUUUAUUUGUUUUAGUUUUGCGCCUAUUGUUUGUCAGAGACGUCAUCAACCCCCCACUUGCUCGGGUUGAAUCCUGCGGAGGAUCUCCUGCCGUGUUCUCACAUCGGCUCCUUCAGACAUUCUGCAGACUUUUGACUAGAGGGUUUGCUUGCUGAAGAAACUCCACAGAAAGUCCAGAGGCUCUCAAUUGGAGUUUGCCAUCUUACAUACAGCUCCUCCCGAGAAAUCAGGAGAUUAUCCGGAGUUCAGAACAUAUCUGUAAGCAUCUAUGAUUUUAAGAACUAAGCCCAUAGGCAUUACAUUUAAUGAAAGUAAAUGACUUGCUACUUUGGUCUAUAUUUUGAAUUAUAUCAGCUUAAAUUUGCUUAUAAGCUCAUUUUCAUGGUCUUGUGUUUUUUGUUUUACUUUGUAAUUACUUACUGAAGUGUUACAUACAUUUUAGUCCGACUUUGAUGGGUCAGUCCCAGAAACAGCCCAGGCACUGGAUUAUGCCACCCACCUUAAUAAAGUUAGAUCUAUGUUGCCUCCUGCUGGUGAUAAAUGUGCAGUACUGAAAGUUUGUCCAAUUAAAGCAUUUUACACCUCUGUCAGGGUCGGUUACUCCAGCAGAUGGCGCAACACUAAAGGAAGUAGAAAUACAGACCGCUUGACUUCACACUCCAACUCACACACUAGCAUUGGUGUUCAGGGAGAAAGAGUUGACUAAUUUGUUUUAAUUAAUUAUUUUUAUUCUUUAACUUGUGCAGAAACGGUGAGUGGAAUUUAUACUGCUGGAAUAAUCAUUUCCCCUGAUAACACCGACACAUAUGAGAUAUUAUCGGAAAUAGAUAUGAUCUGAAUCUGCGAUCUGUUCGAUAAAUGCGGCGGAAGGAAGUUUUUUUUUCCAUAAUAAAUGGCACAAAGCCAAUCUGUAGUGUUUAGUCUGCUGUAUUUCUUUUUCUGUAAUGAUUACAGGAUAGUAGAGAUUAAGAUGAGACUGAUCAAAUAUGUAAGUGUUGAUGAAAACACAGAACAAAAAUAAACCAGUAAAUAAAG